AUGUUAGUACGGAAUGGCAAAUUAGAAGAUGUGGUGGAGUGCACACGCCGUAUUUUAAAUGACCCCUGGUAUGACAGAUUGACUAAGCGAGUCAUCGUGUACAAAGGUGUUCCUUUCUGGGUUGUAGAUGAUAGUUUUGUGCCUGAGUGGCAUAUGAGCAAGGUCAAUUAUGACUCAGACGAUAAACGCAUGCCCAAGGACGACACCCAGUUGAUGAAAUGGAUUGGCAGAGAAAUUGGUGAGGAUUUGCCCAUUGAUCGACCUUUGUGGAAGAUCACAGUGUUAGAGAACUUUCGAAAGUGUGACGAUGGCUCAGGUGACUUCAUCUCCUGUGUGGUGCUUAGGGUCCAUCACGUGCUGGCCGAUGGUGUGAGUCUGAUGUCGAUGUUAAAUAGCAUGAUGACCACUCAAUCGGAGCUGGAAGCGAUUAAGAGUAAUCGGCCUGUGCCGCCUCGAGGCCACAUGUCUCCGUUGGUGAAUAAGAUACAUCCCCGUCCGUGGCUAUUAGCGUUGUAUGCUGCUAUGUAUGCACUCCCCGUGUUGCUCGGGCAUGCCAUCUCCCGGUCAGACGUGAAUCCGUUCAAAACGCAACACGUCGAGGGGAAGAAAGUAGUAGGCAUGCUUCACGACACAAUCGACAUCAAGAAAAUCAAGGCCGUUAAGAAUCGAUUAGGCAUGUCCAUAAACGAUGUCCUCAUGGGGGUACUUGGGGCUGCCUGUCAUCGUGUGUGGGCCAAGCUUGACGGGGUUGAAGGGGCCGACUCCUUCUUAGCGGCUAUUCCCGUCAACAUGCGAGCGGGCACGGAGCGUAGCGUGUUCAAUAAUCUCAAUGCAGCUAUUGUACUCCCUGUGCCUACGGAUUCUGCGGACCCGUUCGUAGCGUGUGAGAAGAUUAAGCUCACGCUUGACUAUUAUAAGAGACACCCGAUCGUGUACGUGAACUUUCUGUGCAUGUUGACUAUGAUGAGGCUCUUCCCAGCCCAUCUAGUGCGGAUGAUAAUCGAGUUCAUGACCAACAAGACAACUGCUGUAGUCAGCAAUGUACCUGGGCCGACAGAGAUUAUGUUUAUGGGUGACAAGCAAAUCGAGUCAUUGGGGUUCUGGGCCCCACAAGUGGGUACGAGCUCUUUUGGGGUAACACUCGUCUCUAUUGGAGGAAAAUUAAGUGUUGGAUGUAUCCUGGAUGCCGGUGCAAGCGACAAGUCACAGCUGUUGUGCGAUGAGUACCGAGCUGCCUUCAACGAUUUAGAGAAAAUAGUUCUAGAAGGAGAGACCAUGCCGAUCAAGGAGUGCAACAGAGACGAUGGGUCGUUAGCUACGCAAGCAAACGUGCAGAUGCCAUGA